GGUGCACGGAAGGCCUCAGUGUCAGAGCAGCUCUAGGGCUCGCUCAGGGCAGGAGCAUCCUCCUGCUUGAGGCGUUUGUCAGUGGGAGCUGCCCACAGACAAGAGCCUUGAUUUUUCUGAUGGUGGAGCAAAUCUGCACAGCAGUGCUACAAUGAUUGAGAAGGUUGUUGCUGUAGCUAUUGGAGCUUACGGCGUUUUUUAUUCCAGCUAUUACCUCACUAACCUGACACGUCACCUGAUGCAUGUAAUCAGCGGUGCUGGUCCUAAGAGCACAAAACCAGCAUCAGUGUCUGCCCCAGCCACCUCUGCUCCUAGAGAAGAAUACAAAGAGGACCAAAUUGAGCAGUAUGACCGUGAGGCUCCAUCAGGGGUCACAGCAGAGCCUGAAUCUUCUGAGCCAAUGACAGAGACACCAGCAGUGUCUGCCCUGGCUCCCUCUGCUCCUGGUGAAGUAGCCAAAGAGGAGCAAAUGGAGCAGUUUGACCACAAGGCUCCAUCAGUGGUCACACCAGAGCCUGAAUCUCCUGAGCCAAUGAUAGAGACAACAGCAGUGUCUGCCCUGGCUCCCUCUGCUCCUGGUGAAGAAGCCAAAGAGGAGCAAAUUGAGGAGUAUGACCUCAAGGCUCCAUCAGUGGUCACGCCUGAGCCUGAAUCUCCUGAGCCAAUGAUAGAGACAACAGCAGUGUCUGCCCUGGCUCCCUCUGCUCCUGGUGAGGAAGCUGUGGAGGAGCAAAUUGAGGAGUAUGACCGUGAGGCUCCAUCAGGGGUCUCAGCAGAGCCUGAAUCUUCUGAGCCAAUGAUAGAGACAACAGCAGUGUCUGCCCUGGCUCCCUCUCCUCCUGGUGAAGAAGCCAGAGAGGAGCAAAUUGAGGAGUAUGACCUCGAGGCUCCAUCAGUGGUCACGCCUGAGCCUGAAUCUCCUGAGCCAAUGAUAGAGACAACAGCAGUGUCUGCCCUGGCUCCCUCUGCUCCUGGUGAAGAAGCCAGAGAGGAGCAAAUUGAGCAGUUUGACCACAAGGCUCCAUCAGUGGUCGCACCAGAGCCUGAAUCUUCUGAGCCAAUGAUAGAGACAACAGCAGUGUCUGCCCUGGCUCCCUCUGCUCCUGGUGAGGAAGCCGUGGAGGAGCAAAUUGAGGAGUAUGACCACAAGGCUCCAUCAGUGGUCACGCCUGAGCCUGAAUCUCCUGAGCCAAUGAUAGAGACAACAGCAGUGUCUGCCCUGGCUCCCUCUGCUCCUGGUGAAGAAGCCAAAGAGGAGCAAAUUGAGCAGUUUGACCACAAGGCUCCAUCACGGGUCACACCAGAGCCUGAAUCUUCUGAGCCGGUCCUUCCAGAGAAAGAGCAGGAGCAGCCUGCUUUGUCAGAGAUGCCAUGGCAGACUCGGGGAGAGCUGUUCCCAGCCCGAGAGCAGGAAGAGCAGCUCAGGCAGCAGGUGGAAGAGCCACAGGAGAAUGGCCAGAACAUCAAGGCAGAGUCACAAGCAGAGCUGCCCGGGGCUCAGAGUGCCAUCAUGGAAGUGAAGAAGGGGAACAAGGAAGACAUGAGAGGAAUUCAAGAGGAGAUGAAUCUCCGUCAGCAGAGGGGCGAUCAACAAGACCAGGUGAGUGAAAGAGUGGCAGCCACUCCACUCAUGAAAGAUCCUCUCUCUUGUAUUUUACAGAACUUGAAGGAACAGCUGGACACGGAGUUUCAGAAAAUUGACACUAAGAUGAAGGCAAAGGAGAAGAGGCAGGAAGAAGAAAUGAAAAUCAUCAGAGAAAAACUUAAUCGUCUCCCUCAGGCUCUACAAGAGCAAGUGCAAAUGUUGACAUCUCGCCGGGCAGCCUGCAAAGACUUCCAGCAAAUGAGUGGCAAUGAAGAGCCCCAGGCCUGGCAUGAGAUCCACAAGGGCUUUGUCAAACCUGCUGCAGCAGCAGCAUUGUCUAAAGGAGCCUUUGCUCCCCAGCCUGGGAAGUGGAGCCGGGGCAGUUUGCCCAUCUCCAGCGCUGCUCAGCACCAGGAGAUCAAGGAUGACUCCCUGGAGCAACUGAGGAAAAUAGUGAACAUGGAAAACCCCGUGGGGAAAUAUUCUGAACUGGAAUAUAUUGGCAGCGGGACUUUUGGACAUGUGGUUAGAGCACUCAACAAAGCCACAGGAGGAGAGGUGGCCAUAAAGAAAAUAAAUCUCCAAGGACUGACGAAGAAGGAACUAAAAGUCUAUGAACUCAUGACUGUGAAGAUAAAUAAGAAUCCCAACGUGGUCAACUAUUUAGGCAGCUACCUUGUGGAUAAUCAAUUCUGGCUGGUUAUGGAGUUCAUGGAUGGAGGCACUCUGAGCGAUGCCAUCAGCAAGAUCUACCUGUCUGAAGACGAGAUAGCAGUCAUCAGUCGAGAGUGCCUGCAAGGAUUGGAUUUUCUUCACUGGAACCACGUGAUCUACCGAGAUGUGAAGAGCGACAACAUCCUUCUCAGAACUGAUGGCUCUGUCAAGCUGGCUGACUUUGGCCUCUUUGCUCAGCUCACCCCUGAGCAGCGUAGACAGAGCUCAGUGGCCGGCAUUUCUGGCUGGAUGGCGCCUGAAGUGCUGACAGGUCAACCAUAUGGCCCCAAAGUGGACAUAUGGUCUUUUGGAAUCGUGGGCAUCGAAAUGGUGGAACGAGAACUUCCUCACAGGAAUGAAACUCCUGUUUCGGCUGAACUCCCGAUAGCCAGAGGAGAGAGACCACAGCUGCGUAAACCCAACCGAUUCUCACCUUCCCUGCGUGACUUCCUGAGCUGCUGCCUGCAGACAGACAAAGAGCAGCGCUGGUCUGCCAAGAGGCUCCUGCAGCAUCCAUUUGUAACAGCAGCCAAGCCAACGUCCGUCCUGGCACCACUCAUCAACUCAGUGAAGAUGAAGAAGACGAAGAAGACGAAGAAGACAAGAAUCUAACGAUGAAGAUAUUAUUACCAAGUUAGAGUAGGAUUGUAGAGUAGGACUCUAGAGUAGGAUUGUUAAGUAGUUUUGUAGUAUAGGUUUAUAGAUAGGAUUAUAAUUAAAUAAAGUUUUUGAAGCAUCAA